AUGCGUACUACCAUCCUAACAAUAGCGCUUUGUGGCCUGCUCAGCUGCCCUUUGACCUCCGCCACUGCUUUCGAUGACACAUUGCGGGAGGUGACCGAGUUUCUGCGUUUGCAAAUGAGAUGCGGUUAUCCGGAUCGCGGUAUACCUCCCCUGGCGCCUCUUGAGGUUCCCUAUAAGGCUGUGGAUAAUCAAGCCGGUGGCUUUAAUUUCAAGGGCAACUUUACCGACCUCAGCAUUGCUGGACUGGAUGGCUUCGAGUUCUCCAAAUUGGAGUGGAAUAAUAUUUUCCACACCAUCAAGUUCGAUGUUGUAUUGCCGCACCUUAAGCUAAGCAGCUCCAAUUACAAACUGAACAUAUUGGCACAUCUAUUGGGUCUUGAUUUGUCCUUGUGGGGCGAUGGCGUCUUUGACUUGGAACUCAUUAAUUUGCGAGCCUAUGGCAGCUUUAUUAUACGACCCACAUCGGCGACCAAUGGUGUGUAUGUGAAGAGCUGGAAAGUUGUGUGGGAGUUGGAGGAGGCGAGGUCGCAGACAACAGGCAUUAUGGGCAGUCGUGUCUACUCAAAGGUGGUUAAUGAUUUGAUCAAGGAAUUUCUGGAGCUCUUGAUUAACGAUAAUCCCGAUGAGAUUUCUCAAUUCAUGGAGGAUUUAAUUGUGCCCCCAUUGAAUGAGGUGUUGGCAAAUGUGGCCUGGUACGAGAUUACGGCUGUUAUUUUGGGUCUCGCCGAGGGUAUUUUGCCUGUGGAGGCAAUUUGUUAAAUUUAAACUAAUUCUAAAUGUAUACAAGUGCAUUCAUAAAAUUUUGCUAUAGAACAAUAAAUCCAUCUUAAAAGAUUAAA